ACAGUUUACUUGUAAAUAUAAAGUUCCAAGCACCGUGGAAGACAGAUUGAUCCUACUCUAUUUCUGUUCUUGCUACUUCCUUUUGCAACCCAAAUCUUUUUAAUUUGCACGUCUGCAAACACAAAGAACGCAUCUGUUUCUGCCUCUAACCAUCAUUCUCUUCUGUCUUUCUAGAAAAGGAUGAGGUCCGAGCUCAGCGCAAACAACCUUCUUAUUUCUUCUUCUAGUCUCUAUUCUUCUGAAUCUAUAACAGAUUUUACUCUCUCUCGUCUUUUCUUUUCUUAUUCUAAUAAUUCUAAUUCCGGUUUCUAUUCUCCUUUGUAUCAAGAAAUAACCGCCUCGAUGCCCAGUGAAUAAUUGUAAGUUACCGGUUUUAUAUUUUUGUGGCUGAGACAGCUUUUGGGUCUUGAGGAAUGGCAGAGAAAUUUUGUGUUAAGCGCCUUCAGAAAGAAUAUAGAGCACUUUAUUAUGUGCUGGAAGGGAGUGAAGGAACACCUUUUGCAGGUGGGUAUUACUAUGUAAAAAUCAAGUUCCCUCCAGAGUCUCCCUACAAGCCUACUGGAAUCAUCAUGAUCACCCCCAAUGGACGAUUUAUGACACAGAAGAAAAUAUGCUUGUCUGUGAGUGAUUUUCAUUCAGAAAGUUGGAACCCUAUGUGGUCUGUAUCAAGAUACAAGGAUUUCAGUCUAAUUGCAAGUUCUUUUGUUGCUGCACCAUCUUUUUAAACACCUAUACCUGUCAUAGGGUGCUUUUGACAUGUGAAACAAUUGCCAAAGUUUGUAUUUGCUUCUUUAACUGUUUGAACUAAAUUUCUUUCUGUUUAAUAGGGCAGCAUACUCACAGGGCUUCUCUUUUUCAUGGUGAGACUUUGUGUGUAAAUGGGUUUUUCAUUUUUUAAUUGAACUUCAGCUGGGUUCAACUGCAAUUGGGUUAAAGACAAAAGACGGUGUCGUUCUAGCUGU